AAUCGCUUGCGAGCUGCACGGAAACGGAAGUAACGACCGGAAGUUUACAUUAACAGAGAAAGCUAAACGCAGCUAACGCUUCAGCUUCUAUUUUAACAAACAAAAAAGGACAAUGGUUUGUGAAAAGUGUGAGAAGAAGCUCGGUAAGGUCAUCACUCCUGACACCUGGAAGGAUGGAGCCCGGAAUACAACAGAGAGUGGUGGGCGCAAACUAAAUGAGAAUAAGAUGUUGACUUCUAAGAAAGCCAGGUUCGACCCUUACAGCAAGUCCGGCUUUGCUAUCUGCAGGAUCUGCAAGAGCUCAGUUCAUCAGGCUGGAUCACACUACUGCCAGGGCUGUGCAUACAAGAAAGGACCACAGGCAGGGCCACUCGCUGGUUGAUUCUGGGCCGCCAUUUGAAUAGGCUUGUUAUAAUGCCUUGGAGAAGUUGUGCUUUUGACCUUCUGUUUUGGCUAUCGGUCAUUUCAUCAGAUGCCUCACAUUUUCCUGGGGAAAAAAACUUUGAGGAAAUAUGCACUUCUUCAUCAGAAUUAUGCAAAAUUUUAGGUCUCUACUGUCAUUUCUUAUUUGCCUGCCCUUUGUGCUUUUUCUGUCAUUGAACAGGGAAAAUUGGAGAAAAACAUGCUUUCGGCAGGACAUUAAGAACUCGCUAGAGAAACAAUAAUGCUCCCAGAUUUUCCACCAGAUGCCUUUUGGAGUCUGGAACCCUGAGCUGGGGCAUAUUGCAGAUAAAAGGACCUCUGGUCUUCCUCAGGAAUUGAUGUGAUCAAAAAGCAUAGUUACAGGAGAGUUAAUAUUUAACUUAAACUCAUCAGUUUGAUAGACGGAGCUGAUGCUGCUGUUUUCUGUUCACAGUUCAGUUCUGCUGCCCCAAAGAGGCCAAAAACCUCUGAUAAAAUAAUGAUGCUUGCUUAAACCAUUUUUGCAUUGUUCUUUUCUCUCUCUGUUGU